AUGCCCGAGGAACAACAUUUUGGAAAAGGAAAACCGUGGGGUGAAAAAUGCCACGGUUUGGAAAUAUUCAAUGAUUUUACGUACUAUUACUCCUACCAACCAAUUGAGGAUGGUGGAGUGCAAAACAGUGAACUCGGUUACGACAACGAACGCUCGAUCGAUGAUGACCACCAGUAUUACUACUGGUUCGACACCUACCCAAUGGAGUUUGCAGUGUUUCUUCUAGAUUCGGCGCUGGCCAGGGGAGUGUAUUUACAUACAAUGGCCGCCAAUGAUGCUUUUUACCAAAGUCAUGACGAGACGAAAGAAGACGAUCAGGAUGAGGGGAAAGACUCGAGGAAGGAACAAUACAAGAAAGGAGAUCCUAAGGCGGGUGUUCUAGACCAUCCUCCACUGAAAUUUGAGGAGCGAAAGGGUGUGAAAGAAUCAAUUUCUUCAACACCAGCAAGUACAGGUAGGUUCCGUUCGUACUCAGCAUGUGUAUGCCAGCAAUCUCAAUGGUUUUGGUCAAAAUAA